AUGGCCGACGCUUCGGCAAUUCUCAAGCUGCUAGAUUCUUGCCGGAGCGUCCCCACUCUCCACGGAUCGAUCGAGCCCUCACUCGAUCUCUCCGGCAAUACAUUCCUCGCCAACAAGCUGAUCGAGGUCUAUGGCAAGCUCGGCAGCUCCCGGCAUGCCCGCCGCGUCUUCGAUUCGCUCAAUCGCCGGGACCAGUUCUCCUGGGACUUCAUGCUGCUCGCGCACACCAGGAAUUUCGAGAUCGCCGACGCCGCGGAUCUCUUCCUCGCGAUGCCCCGCAAGCGAUUGAUCUCGCACAACAUCCUCCUCUCCGCCUACACCCGGGCCGGCGCGAUCGAGGAGGCCCGCCUCCUCUUCGAUCGCAUGGCGCAGCAGACGCUAAUCUCCUGGAACUCCAUGCUUGCGGCCUACGCCCACGCCGGGCACCUCGAGCGCGCCAAGAACACCUUCGAUUCCAUGCCCGAGAGGGAUCUAAUCUCCUGGAACACGCUCCUCUCCUCCAUCGCCCAGCAGAGCGAUCGCCCACACGACGCGAUCGCCCUCUUCCACACGAUGCCGCAGCACAAUCUCCUCUCCUGGACCGCGAUGCUCGUCGCGAAUUCUCGCCAGGGAUCGCUCGACACUGCAAGAGCAAUGUUUGAAUCGAUGCCACAGCGCGAUGUUGUGGUGUGGACGACGAUGCUCGUGGCUUAUGGCGAGAUCGGCGAUCUAUCCAGCGCUCGCUGGUUCUUCGAUCGAAUGCCCGAAAGAGAUCUAAUCUCUUGCACAGCGAUGCUAACAGCAUAUUCCCAAAACGGGCAAAUAGAUCAAGCCAAAGCACUGUUUAACUCGAUGCCAAACAUAAACAUGGUUGCCAUCACUGCGAUGUUGGUUCUUAGCGGACAGACCGCAUCUCUCGCGGAUGCCGAGAAAAUCUUUGACCGGGUCCCGGAGAAGACCCUAGUAUCUUGGACUGCGAUGCUCGCAGCAUAUGCCCAGCACGGGCAUCUGGAGAACGCCAAGCAAAUGUUUGAUUCCAUGCCUUUCCACAACACUAUUGCCCACACCGCAAUGCUCGACGGAUAUUCCCUGCGAGGGAAUAUGCUCGCGGCCGAGGAGAUGUUUGAUACCAUGCUGGAGAAGAACACUGUCGCGUGGACGUCUCUUCUCUCGGCAAAUGCUCACAAUGGAAACCUGCGAAGAGCCACGAAGGUUUUCUCGACAAUGCCGGAGAGGAGUUGCAAUACCUGGAGUGCGAUGCUGGAUGCUCUCACGUUUAAGGAGCGUUCUCUCCAAGUUUUUGAUGUCUUCCACGGCAUGAAAACGAUGGAUUCGCCUGUUGAUGCGAGCUUCACGUCGGUUCUCAUUGCCUGUAGCCGGGAAGGCAAAGUCUACCUGGGAAGAUCCAUCUUUGUGUCGAUCAGGAUGGACUUUGAGCUCCACCACCGCAGGCAGCACUACGGAUGCAUGGUCGAUCUUCUCGGGCGCGCUGGAUAUCUCAAUGAGGCGCUGGAGCUCAUCGGGAGCAUGCCUUUUGUUCCGGAAGUUUGGGAGUGGACGUCGUUUCUAUCCUCUUCUCGCCACCAUAACAAUUUCGCACUGGGCGCUUAUGCCGCGACAAAUGUUCUUCGUUUGAAUCCCAAAAGCAAUGCCUUUGCGCUCCUGGCAGAAGCGUGUUCCAAGCACCACCAAGACUUAGACUCUCCACUUUGA